UCCGCUACUCUUCAAUUCUAUCAAAACCUCACUAUUAUUUUUUGUUUUUGUUUCUUCCUCUCUUCUUCAUUUUCUUUCAACAACCACCACACUCUCUUUCUCUCUCUCUCUUGCUGUUAAAUCCACCUUCCCCUUUCUCUCUCUUCUUAUUAUUCUCUUUGUUUUGUUUGCUGCUGCAUCGUUUUCGUUAAUUCUAAUUCUAACUGUUCAUUCACUCUAAUUCCAAUUCUAAUUCUGUUUCUGUUUCUUAACCACUUUCUUCUUCUCCCAUACAUUCUUAUUCUGUUUUCUUUCCUUUUUAUCCGAUGGAACCAUCAUCGGAGAAUUGUUCCGUUAAAGUUGCUGUUCACAUUCGUCCUCUCAUUGCCGAUGAACAACAACAAGGUUGCACUCAAUGUGUUUCUGUUAACCCUGGAAAGCCUCAGGUUCAAAUAGGGUCUCAUUCCUUUACAUUUGAUCAUGUUUAUGGAAAUGGUGGAUCUCCUUCCUCUGAAAUGUUUAAGGAAUGCGUUGCUCCAUUGGUUGAUGGCUUAUUUCAAGGAUACAAUGCUACUGUGCUUGCUUAUGGUCAGACAGGAUCCGGAAAAACGUAUACCAUGGGAACCGCCUGCAAUGACAAUACUGGGAUUGGAUUGAUUCCUCAGGUUAUGAAUGCCUUGUUUAAAAAGAUUGAAACUCUAAAGCAUCAAACGGAAUUUCAGUUGCAUGUUUCCUUCAUUGAGAUUUUGAAGGAAGAGGUAAGGGACUUGUUGGACAUGGUAUCAAUGGGAAAAUCAGAUCACUCUAGCUCUAAUGGGCAUUCUGGAAAAGUAACUAUUCCUGGGAAACCACCAAUACAAAUUCGCGAAUCAUCAAGUGGAGUAAUAACACUGGCAGGGUCAACUGAAGUUUCUGUAAGUACAUUACAGGAGAUGGCUGCUUAUUUGUAUCAGGGUUCAUUAAAUAGAGCAACAGGAAGUACAAACAUGAAUAACCAAUCCAGUCGAUCACAUGCCAUCUUCACAAUCACGUUAGAACAGAUGCGCAAACUCCAUUCAUUUUCUUCCAGCCAUGACACUUCGGAUGAGGAUAUGGGCGAAGAAUACCUUUCAGCAAAACUCCAUUUGGUAGAUCUAGCUGGAUCAGAGCGAGCUAAAAGAACUGGUUCUGAUGGUCUUCGUUUAAAAGAAGGUAUACACAUCAAUAGAGGUCUUCUUGCACUUGGUAAUGUCAUAAGUGCACUGGGGGAUGAGAAAAAGCGAAAGGAGGGUGUACAUGUCCCUUAUCGCGAUAGCAAACUCACUCGACUGUUACAGGAUUCACUUGGAGGAAACAGCAAAACUGUCAUGAUAGCUUGCAUUAGCCCUGCUGACAUCAAUACCGAGGAAACUCUUAAUACUCUUAAGUAUGCAAACCGUGCACGUAACAUUCAAAAUAAGCCUGUUGCUAAUCGAGAUUUAAUAUCCAACGAGAUGCAGCAAAUGCGCCAGCAGUUAAAGUACUUGCAGGCUGAGCUCUGUUCUCGAGGAGGAGGUUCAGUUGAUGAAGUGCAGGUUCUUAGAGAAAAGAUUGCUUGGCUUGAGGAAACUAACGAGGAACUCUGUCGAGAACUUCAUAAAUAUCGCAGUAGAUCUUCUUUAGCAGAAAGAUGUGAUAUUCACGAAACAGUUGGAAAUAUUUAUCUCAUGAAAAAUAACGGGCUUGAGAGGCGCUUUACAAGCUCAGAGUUAUCAGACCAUCUAGUGGCUGGAAGCAUGUCAGGCGAGGAUUUAAAGGAAGCUGAUGAAGUAGAAAAAGAAUUGGAGCAUACACUACUGCUAAAUACCAUGGAUAAAGAGAUGCACGAGUUAAAUAAGCAAUUGGAGCAGAAAGAGACGGAGAUGAAGCUUGUGGGAGUUGAUACUGAAGCACUCAGGCAGCACUUUGGAAAGAAAAUGAUGGAACUCGAGGAAGAGAAAAGAAAAGUACAGCAAGAAAGGGAUCGGUUAUUGCAUGAAGUAGAGAAUCUUGCAGUUAAUUCAAAUGGACAGGCACAUAAACCACAUGAUGUUCGUGGCCAAAAAUUGAAAGCAUUGGAAGCACAGAUUUUAGAGCUCAAGAAGAAACAAGAAAACCAGGUGCAGCUACUAAAGCAAAAGGAAAAGAGUGAAGAAGCUGCCAAAAGACUGCAAGCUGAGAUACAGUAUAUCAAGGCUCAAAAGGUUCAGUUGCAGCAUAAAAUAAAACAAGAGGCAGAACAAUUUCGACAAUGGAAAGCUUCCCGUGAAAAGGAGUUACUCCAGUUAAAAAAGGAGGGAAGAAGGAAUGAAUAUGAAAGGCAUAAACUUCAGGCUCUAAACCAGCGCCAGAAAAUGGUUCUUCAUAGAAAGACAGAGGAAGCAACAAUGGCUACCAAGAGGCUAAAGGAAUUGUUGGAAGCUCGCAAAUCUUCUUCGCGUGACCACUCUGUGUAUUCAAAUGGACAUCUACAGCCUGGGCAGAUCAAUGAAAAAUCCCUCCAGAGGUGGCUUGACCAGGAACUGGAGGUAAUGGUACAUGUGCAUGAAGUCCGUGCUGAAUUUGAUGAACAAAACAAAGUUCAUGCUGCACUGGAAGGAGAAUUGGCUUUUCUCAAACAAGCGGUUCAGUUUUCAGAUAGGCAGAGUAUCCCCACAGGAAACAGUCGAUAUUCAAGACUGUUAUCCAUGUCACCAGAUGCAAAAGCUGCGAGAAUAACUUCUCUUGAGAACAUGCUGGGCGCGUCUUCAGCGGCUUUGAAAGCCAUGACUUCACAGCUUACCGAGGCAGAAGAAAGGGAACGUGCAUUAAAUAACCGUGGACGUUGGAAUCAGUUACGCUCAAUGGGAGAGGCAAAAAAUCAUGUGCUUCCGUAUUUGUUCAAUGCUACCGCAGAAGCAAGGUGCCAAUUGUGGGAAAAGAAUAUAGAACUGAAGGACUUAAAAGAGCAACUUAAUGAGCUUGUAACACUACUACAGCAAAGUGAAGCACAGAGAAAGGAACUUGAAAAAGAGAAAGCAAUUGGUGAACAAGCAGUUGCCAUCACAUUGCAUACACCGCCGUCGGAAAACUCACGGUCCUUGAAACACCUUGCGGAUGAAAUGAGUGGUCCGUUGUCCCCAAUGUCGCUUCCUGCGCCAAAACAACUCAAAUUCACCCCUGGAGUUGUUAAUGGGUCAGUGAGGGAGUCAGUUACAUUUGUAGAUGACGGGCGGAAGAUGAUACCUAUUGGAGAGUUGUCAAUGAAGAGACUAGCAGCUAUAGGACAAGCCGGAAAACUUUGGAAGUGGAAGAGAAGUCAUCAUCAAUGGUUGCUACAGUUUAAAUGGAAAUGGCAAAAGCCUUGGAAACUCUCAGAAUUGAUCAAACACAGUGAUGAAACAAUCAUGAAGUCAAGGCCUCGGCCUCAAGCACAAGCUUUGAUUAAUGCGGUGUGAUGUUGAGCUCAUAUAAAGGGGUAUUAGUAUCUCUUUGAAUACUGACCACUGUUUUCAACAUGGCUUGACAAGAGUACGGAUAAUUACAGGCAUGAUGUAAAUUGCACGAGUUUCCUGAAAUUCGUCAGGGAAAUUUUGCUGAGAUACAAUUUGGCUACUGGAGAAAGCUGUCUUGGCUCUAUAGGUUGUACACACAAUAGGCGUAUCCUGACAUUGACAAUAUCAGAGGAAAGAAUUGGUUUUAGAAGGUUGAAAGAGAAAAUGUUGCACUCUUGCAUAUAUUAGAACACAUAGAUCCAACGAAGCUGUUCAGUGUUAGUUAUGUAGUUUUCUUUUAAACAAAUUUUGUAAGAUGUGAUCAGCAUAGCGUGAGAGUGUUAUUGAGUUCUUGUACAGAUGAAGUGUUUCCCAAAAUAAUUGUGCAUUAUGAUAUUAGUUGAUUUUCUUCAUAAUCAAUGUUUCUGUUGAAUGUAUAUUGAGAUCACCAACUCUAAAUCUGGUAACCAUUGAGUGGUUGAACUAAAA